AUGAUAGUCGCGCCCCCAUCACCGGACCGAGCUAGUGUGCUCUCUAUGUGUUUCCCCGAGGAGGUCCCUGACUAUGACCUACCUAUGGAUUUGGGAGAUGGCACUGACGAGAUGGACAUGAUCGGCAUAGGCCGUAUCUUCGAUGCAGCCCCACGCAGGCCCUAUACUGCUUUCGAUAUGUUCGGAGUUUCUGUACUCGAGAUUGAUGGGGAUGACUUUAUUCCUGAUGCCUACACUGAUGAUAUGGAUUUUAUAGGCAUUGGUCAUAUCCUUGAUGCAGCCCCACGCGGGCCCCAUUCUGCUUUUGACAUAUCUGGAGUUUCCGUACUUGAUGCUGAGUCAAUCUUUGAUAUCGUUACUUCUUAUUUUACUUCUGUUGAGGGAGCGUCCGACUUUGUGGACCCACCUCUUUCUUCUAACACUAUGUCCGGGUUUGUCACCCGCUUUGAUGAUAUUUCUGAUGGUAAUAAUGAUAUGAGUAUUUUCGAGUACUUGACUGUGUCACAACAUCUUCCUUUGAUUGCACCACCAGCACCCACGACACAUAUAUAUGAUGUUGAUGAUAUGGGAGAUACGGAUGACCCACUGGGUGGUCAGUCAGAGUUUGAUUCUGACACAGAGGACGAGAAAGUCACACCCAUUUCUGGUAGCACAGAGUUGAUAGAUUUUGGGGCACCAGAUCAGCUCAGGGAGAUCAGGAUUGGCUCUUCUCUAUCUCCUGAUGAGAGGAGUAGGUUGAUUGACCUGCUCAGGUCAUACCUGGAUGUAUUUGCAUGGUCAUAUGAGGACAUGCCGGGCCUUGACCCCUCCAUAGUGCAGCAUCACCUGCCCAUUUUACCACAGGCUAGGCCCGUUAAGCAGAAAUUGAGAAGACUACACCCUCGAUGGAGUUUGCAGGUUAAGGAAGAAAUUCGGAAGCAACUCAGUGUUGGUUUCUUGUUAGUGGUUGAGUAUCUUGAGUGGCUGGCUAAUGUCGUCCCUGUUCCCAAAAAGGACGGCAAGGUUAGGGUUUGUGUUGACUUUCGAGAUCUGAAUAAGGCCAGCCCUAAGGAUGAUUUUUCCCUCCCACACAUUGAUAUGCUGGUUGAUAGCACUGCAGGGCAUCCAAUGUUGUCCUUCAUGGAUGGAGCCACUUAUCAGAGAGCUGCUACUACUCUGUUCCAUGAUAUGAUGCACACAGAUGUCGAGGUAUAUGUGGAUGACAUGAUAGUGAAGUCCCGAGACAGGACAGAUCACUUAGCAGCCUUACAAAGGUUUUUUGAGAGGAUCAGACAGUUCAGGCUGAGAUUGAAUCCCAAGAAGUGCACCUUUGGGGUGACUUCUGGAAAAUUGCUGGGACACAUUGUUAGUGAGAGAGACAUUUGUAAGCCUAUCUUCCGCCUUCUGAGGAAGAAUCAGCCUACAGUUUGGAAUGAUGAUUGUCAGCGCGCUUUUGAGAGGAUUAAGGAGUGUCUCCUUUCUCCUCCGGUUUUAGUGCCUCCCACACCGGGGCGUCCUUUGCUUCUGUACUUAUCAGUUUCAGACAUGGCCUUAGGAUGCAUGUUAGCUCAGCUUGAUGAUUUGGGGAAGGAGCGUGCCAUCUAUUAUUUGAGUAAAAGAAUGCUUGAGUAUGAGUACAAGUACAUUAUGAUUGAGCGCCUUUGCUUGGCAUUGGUUUGGGCCACUAGGAGACUUAGACAUUACAUGACAGAGUAUUCCGUGCUCUUGGUCUCACGAUUGGACCCGUUAAGGUAUCUAUUUGACAGGCCUGUUCUGACCGGUAGGCUCAUGAGAUGGCUGGUAUUGUUGACAGAGUUUGAUAUUCAUUAUGUCACACAGAAGUCAGUAAAAGGAAGCAUUGUUGCAGAUCAUCUAGCUUCUUUGCCAAUAUCCGAUGACAGAUCGGUUGAUGAUGAUUUCCCUGAUGAGCAGAUCGUUUCGAUGACUAGUAUUACGGGAUGGCGGUUGUACUUUGAUGGUGCCGCCAAUCAGUCGGGGUUUGGCAUUGGUAUUUUGUUGAUAUCACCACAGGGUGAUCAUAUCCCCAGAUCAGUCCGGUUAGCCUUUUCUGAUCAUCACCGAUUGACGAAUAAUAUUGUAGAGUAUGAGGCUUGCAUUACAGGUUUGGAGACUGCACUUGAUCUUGGCAUUAGACAGUUGGAGAUCCACGGGGAUUCCAACUUGGUUAUAAAGCAGACUCAGGGUAUCUGGAGGACACGGGAUGAGAAGCUGAAACCCUACCAUGCUUACUUGGACCUAUUGAUUGAUAGAUUUAAUGUGUUAAGGUAUAUACAUCUGCCUAGGGCGGAGAAUCAGUUUGCCGAUGCAUUAGCCACCUUGGCUUCUCUGAUUGUGAUCCCUACGGGGGUGAAUGUUAGGCCAUUGCUGAUUGAGACUAGGUCUGCACCAGCUUACUAUUGUCUGAUUGGAGAGAUAGAGGAUCAGAUUGAGCUGCCAUGGUAUCACGAUAUUUAUCAGUUUCUGUCCUGCGGCGCUUACCCAGAGUCAGCCUCGGCCAAGGAUAGGAGAGCAUUGAGACAGUUGGCCACCAGAUUUGUUGUUUGCGGGGAUGCGCUGUAUAGGAGCUCACCUGAUGGCUUGUUAUUAUUAUGUCUAGACCGUGCAUCUGCAGAUCGAGUGAUGAGAGAGGUUCAUGCAGGGGUCUGUGGCCCACACAUGGGAGGUCAUAUGCUAGCACUAUGGGGUAUUGAUAUUAUUGGGAAGAUCUUGCCCAAGUCUUCUAGCAGGCAUGAGUACAUUUUGGUUGCCAUUGACUAUUUCACCAAGUAG